AUAAAUUCCUCAUUUACAUCAUUCCAUAAUUUUAUUUAUUUUUCAUAAAUAUAAAUAUUUUCUUGUCCAUAACUCCAAAAAGAAGUCCUUUUUAUUUCUGCAAUUUCAGAAUUUCUUUUCUGUUCCCAUUUUGCCCCUCUCGUCUCGUCUACCUCGUCCAACUGAAACACCCCUGCUUCCUCCCACAGUGAAAGCAAAAGCGAAGCCCCACCUUCCACUGUGUGUUCCUGCGUGAGAGAGAAAGCUUUACCAACAGUGAAACCCUAGGAGAGGAGCGUAUACAGAGAUUCUGAGUUCUCAUGAAGGGUUACAGAGACAAUGGUGGUGCUGCUGGUGGUUUUGGAGCGCGAAAUAAGACAGUGUAUGACGACGUAUUUGGUGGUCCGCCGAAGUUUGGAGCCACAACUCUUCCUCCUCGCCUUGAGGAUUACACUGAGAUUUUCCAAGGCUUUCACGCCUCCCGAGGCUCUUCAAUUCCUAUUCUAGAUCUUCCGCCGCCGUGUAACGAGUCCGGCGACGUUUGGUUUGAUUUACAGAGCUCUAAGCUUGAUUACUCUGAGGUUUUCGGAGGCUUCAACGGCCUCGAUUUUGCAGUUUCGUAUGAAGAAUUGUUUAAAAUCUCCAAAGUUGGGGAUGGUGAUUCCUCGGAUGAUGUUUGGACUCCUGCUGAAAGUGAAACAUUGUCAGAUGAAUUAGAUCCUUAUGCCUCAAUGGAGAUGAAUCAACACGUAUCCACUGAAGACCCCAUUGAAUUAUUUGGUGUACAAUUACAAUCCGAGCCUAAUUUUGAAGCAGAAAAAGAUCUGAUCAUAAAUGAUUCUCAAUUUCUUGAUGUCCCUAAUGAAAUAGAAAAUGAGAAACUGUUCUCAUUGGAUAACAAUAACAAUGAUGAUUCUUCAAGUAAUCAUUUUGGUGGAGUUUCAGAAAGGAAACAACUCAAGAAAUCUCUUUCACAACCCUUAGAUAAUGUUUAUGACACAGAAAGAUAUAAACCACAUCUUUCUGUAUCUGAUCUCAGCCUUAAAACUCAGCCUUCAAACUUACCACCACCCUCAAGGCCUCCACCUGUCUUAUCAUCAAAAAAGGGGAAUUCAAAUUCAAAACUGAAAACUUGUAAAACAUUUGCUUUUGAAAAGAUGAGAGGUGACAGAUCACCACCUUACUUUGAUGUUGAGAUAGAUGCAAGUUCUUCUGCUGCUGCAGAUGCUGCAGCCAUGAAAGAUGCAGUUGAGCAAGCUCAAGCAAAGCUCAGAAGUGCAAAAGAGUUAAUGAACAAAAAGAAAGAGGCUCUUCAAAUCCAUUCAAAGAAUAAUGUAUCAGAUAAAAAGGAAAGGGUAAAUGGGGAUGAAAGAGAAAGAGAAACACACAAUAAAAAGAUUUCACUUGAAUCAUAUGAGCAGAAGCAAGAUUUUAAUUUCAAGAAUGUAAAUGGAUUGAAUGAGGAAGAUGAACACAUAAAGGAAGAUACUUUAGAAAUUAAGACAACAAGUGAAGCUGAUGAAAAUGAAAGUGAAUCAUAUGAAAACUUGAUAGAAAUUCAGCUAAAAGAUAAUGAUAUGAAACCUGGAGUAAAACUAGUAGAGGAAUUUUACAAUAAAACCCCUGAUGAAUGGGAAGAGUAUGAUGUUGCUUCAUUUCAAGAAGCUUUUGAGAAAGAACAUGAGAAGGAAGUAAAGGAAUCUGAAGAACAAGUGGGCCCACCUGAAAUAGUAAUAACAUUAACACCUCAAAGUGAAGAAGAGAGUGAUGAUAAAAUAUCAGAAUUGAAUCACAAUCAUGAAGAAGAUGAGAAUGAGAUAACACAAAAUGCUGACGUGGCAAAUGAGACAACACAAGGAAGUGAGAAAAAGGAAAUUGAAAAGGAAGAGGAGUUGACCGAAGAAGUUGAGUCAAAGUCAAACACAGAGGAGAUUUCAGAUUCAUCGGAUGUGGUUGACCAAGUGGACAACGAGUUGACUUCCACAAACAAUUUCCAAAAUGUGAAUGAAACAUCAUCAAUGGAAAAGAAUGAUGAGAAAAACAAGGAAAGAGAAAAGUUGGAGAGAGAAAGAGAGAGGAUGAGAAAAGAAGAAGAAGAAAGAGAGAGACAAAUAGAAAGGGAAAAGGAUCGAAUGGCAAUUGAUAGAGCAACACUUGAAGCACGUGAAAGGGCGUUUUCGGAAACUAAGGAAAGAUCAGAAAGGGCGGCUGUGGAACGCGCAACAGCCGAGUAUAGACAACGGGCUUUGGCUGAGGCUCGGGAGAGAUUAGAAAAAGCAUGUGCUGAGGCUCGGGAAAGGUCAUUGGCGGAAAAGACGAUGGAGGGUAGGCUUAGGGUAGAAAAAGCAACCGCUGAGGCACGUGAAAGAGCCGAAAAAUCGGUUGAUGAUAAGUUUAGUAAUUCUAGAAGUAUGGGGUUAAGAUAUCCGAAUCAAAAUGCAUCAUCUUAUAAUAAUGGAGGUGAAAGCGAAUCACCACAACGGUGUAAAGCGCGCUUAGAAAGAUAUCAAAGAACAGCUGACCGAGCAGCAAAAGCUUUGGCUGAGAAAAACAUGAGGGAUCUUCUUGCCCAAAAAGAACAAGCAGAAAGAAACAGAUUGGCUGAAAGUCUUGAUGCUGAAGUAAAAAGAUGGUGUAGUGGGAAACAAGGAAACCUACGUGCAUUACUUUCAACCUUACAAUAUAUUCUUGGGUCGGAAAGCGGGUGGCAACCGAUUCCUUUAACCGAAGUUAUUACUACUGCCGCUGUAAAAAAGGCUUACAGAAAAGCAACUCUCUGUGUGCAUCCAGACAAAUUACAACAACGUGGUGCAAGUAUUCAACAGAAGUAUAUUUGUGAAAAAGUUUUCGAUCUUCUCAAGGAAGCGUGGAACAAGUUUAACUCUGAAGAACGUUAGAUGUGAAGGAUUUGUGGUUUCUUGAGUUGAAUCAAAAGCAAAAGGAAGUAAUUUUAUAUAUUUUUGUCACGUGGUUUUUUCUAUAUUCUAUAAUGUAUCAGUAAUUCAGUAUCAAUUCGUUAUUAUUACCGAUCUACCACUUGAAUUGAUUUGACACGUGUGGGUUAAAAUCAUAUAAACGAGGAUCAGUUAUGAAGAAUAGGGGC